AUGCAUAUACUACCUGCACAAGCUCCAGCCAGCCAGAAUCCCAGCAGAGAGGUGCUGAGGGGAGCGAAUGGAGGAAGAGGCACAGGCAGCAUCCAGAGAGCCUUUGCCCCAGGUGGAGGAGUCCGUCGUGAUCCUGGAGCCAUAACCGUGCCCGGGGGCGGCGUGGCAUCCCCGGGCCGAGCUGGGUUUGGUAGCAGAAGAGGGGCUUUUGCAGGCCGAGGCCGUGGCCGUGGCCGUGGCGCUGGCCGUGGUAGAGGUGCCCUGCGUCGCCCUGCACUUACCAAGGAGCAGCUGGACGCCGAACUGGACGCAUACAUGGCGACAGCGAAAGCGACCCUGGAUGCUGAGUUGGAGGCCUACAUGGCAGAGGCAGCUCCCGAGACCCGUGUCUGAAGCCCGCCUCUAAGAGACUCUUGUUCGAGUCAGCACCUCUAUGCCACAAUCACCGGGAGAAAGCAGGAGGAGAAACGCUACUUGAGCCGGGAGGAACCAUCACCAUGUAGGCCUUGCUUGUCAGGUUUAUUUCAUGGAACGCAUGACUGUACACAUUGUAUAUGCUCACAAUAAAUAGUUUCUCUUGCAUUUUGGUGGUGGACUACUCUUGUU